CACACGCGAUGGCCGCCGCCGCGCAGUACCUGCCGCGCUCCGCCGCGCUCAUGCACCCCGACGGCGACCGGCUGCACCAGGGCACCACGUACCGCGAGGUGCAGAAGAUGAUGCACCACGAGUACCUGCAGGGACUGGCUCCCGCCGCCGGGCACGCCGUCGGGUUGGCGCACCACCAGUGGCUGCCCAGCGCCGGCACGGACUGGGGCAGCGGUGGGGGCGGCGGGGGCGCGCACCUUCCGCCCGCCGAGCACGCCAAGGGCGGCCCGCCGGGACCCCGCGAAGAGCUGUCCGCCGCCGCCUUCCAUCACCGGCCGCACCUGGUGCACCAGCCGGCGGCGGGCGGCGCGGCGGGCGGAUGGGCGCAGGGCGGCGCGCACCACCUGCCGCCCAUGUCCCCGCCGUCGGGGCAGCCGCUGCUCUACGCGCAGCCCUACGCGGGCCUCAACGGGAUGCUGGGCCCGCCGGCGCCGGCGCUGCACCACGGGCUGCGCGACCCGCUGGGCGCCGAGGAGGCGGGCGGCCACGAGCUGGCGGCCUCGCCGCCGCCGCUGGGGCCGCCCGAGCCGUCGGACGAGGACGCGCCCAGCUCCGACGACCUGGAGCAGUUCGCCAAGCAGUUCAAGCAGCGGCGGAUCAAGCUGGGCUUCACGCAGGCCGACGUGGGGCUGGCGCUGGGCACCCUGUACGGCAACGUCUUCUCGCAGACCACCAUCUGCCGGUUCGAGGCGCUGCAGCUGAGCUUCAAGAACAUGUGCAAGCUGAAGCCGCUGCUCAACAAGUGGCUGGAGGAGACGGACUCCAGCACGGGCAGCCCCACCAACCUGGACAAGAUCGCGGCGCAGGGCCGGAAGCGCAAGAAGCGGACGUCCAUCGAGGUGGGCGUCAAGGGCGCCCUGGAGAACCACUUCCUCAAGUGCCCCAAGCCCUCGGCGCACGAGAUCACCUCCCUGGCGGACUCCCUGCAGCUGGAGAAAGAGGUGGUGCGGGUCUGGUUCUGCAACCGGCGGCAGAAGGAGAAGCGGAUGACGCCGGCCGGGGUCCCGCAUCCCCCCAUGGAGGACGUUUACGCACAGGCGGACACUUCGCCGCUGCACCACGCGCUGCCCGGCGCCGUGCAGUGACUGCCCGGCCCCGCGGCCCCGGCGGCGGCGCGGCGGGCAGCGGGGGACGCGUUUUAAUUUAUUCUCAGACUGGCCCGGCCGCCCGCUCCGAGCCCCGCGCUCUAUUUAUUCGCCCGCCGGAGCCGCCGCGGCCGCCGCAGCAGUAGCCAAAGGUUUGCGAUCUCUAAUUUAUUCCCUUCCUCGCGCGGCCGGGAGGCGGCGGCGCCCCCGGCCCGGCCCCUCCCGCCCGGCCCGGCCCGGCCCGGCCCGGCCCGGCCCGCCCGGGGGGACGCUUCGAAACCAUUUCCCGGCCCGUCUCUAUUUAUUUCUAACCGUGCGCGGAGCUCGCACCCUCCCGUUGGUGGGUUCAGUCCGGUCCAUUCCCUGGGGUUUCGGUUUUUGUUUGUAUCUCUUAUUGCAAAACCAAUGUAGACUGCGAGGGUACGUUUCUAUUUAUGUUAUAGUAAAUAUUUUAUUACUUACAUAAACCAUUUACCCAGGAACCGGUCUCGUGUCGUCUUUGCAGGCUCGGCGACGGCCGGGAGCGGUGCGGCCGGGGCAUCGCUGCCGUCGGGGCCGGUGGCGGCGGCGGCGCUGUCUUGGCCGAGUCCCGUUGUCCCGUUGCCGGUGGCCGCCGGGGAGCCCCGUUGCCGGUGCCGGCGGUGCCCCGCGGUUCGCAGCCGGUGCUCGGCGGGGUUUGCCCGCCUCUAUCACGCGUGGGGAGAGCCGCUGCCCUGCGCGGGUGCGCUCGCUGCGCUGCUCCCCGCACCUUCCGCGGGGUUCUGGCCGCUCCCGGCGUGGCUCUCCGCGGUGCGAGCACAGAACAGCCCGCACAGAACUUUCCUCCCGCGUACCGCGGGGAUAAUCCACGCACGCUGGUGUUGCCGAGUAGAUUCCUUCUCCUCAAACCACGCUCUCGCUUUUUCCGGUGUCACCAGCUUUUCGUGGAUUCAUGCCCGAAUAUUUUGUGGUUGUGCCAAGAAAAUGCAGAAACUGUAUUUUCAGCCUAUCGGUUCUUGGAAGAAUGAUCCUACUUUAAACCUUCUACUUUAAACCUUCUCUUGCAGCGCCAAGAAAAGUCGCAUGUGAGGAUUGUUUGCCUUUGCAGGUUCUUGGAUUCCUGCGGUGUUUUUUGUGUUGGGAGAACUUUUGCAAUAUGUUUCCAUACAGAGCUCUUGCACUGAUUAAACACUUGAUCGAAAUCUGGUAGUAAAGGACCAAAUUCUUUCUUUUUAAUUGGCCGAGAAUUUACUGAUGUUCUCAGACAUCUGGCACUGGAUGGUUUCCCCGCUUUAUUCACUACAAAUUAUGUGCUGUGAAAACAGAAGCUUUAAAGGGGAUUUUCUAGCAAAAGCACGGCAUUGUGCAUUGCAAUUCGUGUAUAAUUCUUUUCAAUAUAUAUAAAAAUUUUUAACAUACCAAAUGUAACUUACUCUUGAAAAUUUAUACUUGAAAAUUCUUGUCUUCGUUGCAGUUUGAUUUUGUUGCAUUUCGUGCCUUUGGUGGGGGUGUAUAUUACUUGUCUAAGCAAUGCCACAUUUGCCAUUGAUAAUGUUAAAAUUUAGUGCAUUUUCAGUGUUUCUUACAAUGUAGCUAUUUUACAUCAGCUAAUACAAGACUAUCAAGUUCUCAUUCAAAAUUCUAGUAAACUGAUUUUUGAGAUUUUAAAAUAAAGUCACUUUGAGCAGU